AUGUCGUACCCAUCGUCUCAUAUGGCAAAUGAAAGAAUCAAUUCAUUAAUCAUACCGUCUGCGGAGCAAUUUCGAAGGGUGCGGCAAUCAAAAGGAAACCAGGAGCUGAAUGAUGAGUUGAAAAUAAAAGCAAAUGAACUCGAAAAGCUUUUCGCAGAGCAUCAAUUGCGCACUCCUACGUCAGCUGGAAAUUAUCAAUCUAAUUAUUUUACCAGAAGCAAAACUAGUAGGCAUGGUCACAUGCAAAGCUGGCCAUCAGCUAUUGACAAUGCCGGCGGCGCCUUUCUGGAGGAUCAAGUAUUUGACAAUGAUAGUAUUAAUAUAGACAAAAAAAGUUCUGAUCAUGAGUUAAUUGGUUUUGCGGGUUCUCCGGGGAAAUUCUAUGAUAUGUAUAUGCAGAAAAGGGAUGCGAAACUUAGGGAUGAAUGGAAUACUAAAGGAGCGGAGAAGGAAGCGAAGCUGAGGGCUAUGGAGGAUUGUCUUGAGAGGAGUACAGCUCAAAUGAAGACUAUUGAGAGACGCAGAUCGUUUAACUCCAGCUCAAUUUUUAGCAGAGACCAGCAAUGUGAUGAUAGAGAAGAUAUGUCUGAAUUCAUGAAUCAGAAGAGGAAUGAUGUACUCAGGUCUUCUAGUGAAACAUCUUUGGAAGAAGUUUCUAAGCAUACUACUACUCCAACGAAGAAACAAAAUUUACCAAUCAAACCUUCAUCCAAACCUCGGAACAUAGUAGCAUCUGUUCCGAGGUCUCCUAUGAAGGUUUCUAGUAGUCCUUCCAGUCGGCGAAAAUCUCAAGCUGAAAGUCCACUUGCACAAUCCGUUCCAAACUUGUCUUACAUGAGAAAGGAAAAUGCUCAGCCUUAUUCUCCAGCUGGUAAAACAACUCCUCGUGCACCUUAUUCGCGUAGCAAAUUACUGCACUCACAGUCCUUAAGAAAAAGCUCUGCUAUGAAUUCUGAGGGUGUUAUGUUGGCACCUCUCAAAUUUGACAAAGACAAAAUGGAACAAAGUCCUAAGUGUGUAAUGUCAGCACCUCCUAAAUCUGUGAAGGACAAGAUGGGACAGAGUCUCAGUGAUAAAUUUUCCAACAUUUUGGAUACAAAGACUUCACUAAAGAAGGGAAAAGAUGCUGAUUUCAGUUCAAGAGGUGGUUUGACUGAGACAACAAGGGGUUCUAACAUUGCAUCUACGUUUACGCACAACGAUGAUGAGGAUGUUGAUGACAUGGAAUUGGAUUCUGAGGACUCAAUGGGUAGAGAUGUGGAUGAAUUUGAGAACAUGAUAUCUGCAGUUGAGGAAAAUUUUGAUAUUGGGGCACCAAGACCGAGUCAUGAGAUGGAGAAGAAAAAUCCUGGACCAGAAAAUAGACGUUUACUGAGAUCACUUUCUCAAGUUUGCUAUGCUUCGGAAGCCGGAUAUUCACCUUCUUCUGUGCCUGCCAACUUCCUAAAUAGUCCUAUCUCACAGACUCAUGAGAUGUCUGAUGUUGAUGCUUUAGACUCUCCUGUGGGAAGUCCUACAUCCUGGGAUUCACAUUUUCUGAGUUCAACACAGGCGAAUGGUGCUACUAGAACGAGGAAGAAAUGGGGAACGACAGGUCAGAAUCCAAUCAAUAUCAUAAAAUCUUCUCAAAGUCUUUCACGGAAGGAUAAGACCAGAGGAUUUAAGCGAUUACUAAAGUUUGGGAGGAAAAACCCUGACGCAGAUAGUCUGGUUAAAGACUGGAUUGCUGCAACUACCUCUAAAGGAGAUGAUUGCACAAGAAAUGGACAUGAUAGUCGCCAUUGCUCUAAUGAUAACUUAUAUGAGGAUGUGCUUUUAAACGAACGAGUUCAAUCCUUGCACAGGUCUAUUCCGGCACCUCCAGCUAACUUCAAACCGAGGGAGAAUCAUUUAUCAGGAAGCUCAAUAAAGGCUCCAAGAUCAUUCUUUUCUUUGUCGUCAUUCAGAAGCAAAGGAAAGGACUCGAAGCCAAGAUAAGUCCCUCGAAGGACAAAGGUUCCAGCGAUAUGUAAAACACAUGGAAUUGUCUUGAUGACACACAUUUUCAAAUCAUAGUAUUUUUUUCAGCCAGAGCUUGAGGUAUGUGUGUGCUAUGUACAGCCUAUAAUCAUCUAAAUACACUUUAUUCUUGUACAUAUAUAAUACGUAUCAUUGGGCUCGUUAGGCCUUGCUUGUGCUUUAUUUCUUGUUGUUUCGGUAUAUAAGAUUGUUUCUAGCCUUGAGAGAACAGUUCCCUCUGGCUUAAUGUUAUUGUAAUAUUGACAGUUAGAGCAUUCUUCAAUUUCAAUGUAAUACGUUCUAUACAUGUAUAGUACGUAUCAAAGCUUGAUUUUUGUAAAUAUCACAAGUUGGGUUUAUGUUCA